GUUUUAAGCUGUUCAUAUGCUAUCCAAUAUCAACAGCUAAAUGAUAUCUUAUAGUGUGCCUAAUAACUGAGCUCAGUGCAUCAGACUUUCCUAAACACAGAUAUGCCGAAUAAUGUAGUCGUCUGAAGGUAUCUCACCCAUACUCAUACAAUCAAAUGUCAGACAACCAAAAAACUGCCACUUUCAUUCUGGUACUUGUUGCUUAUGCACCAAACACUGUUAGCAGACCUUAAUUUUAUGUACAUAUUGAAACACCACCCAAAAAACAUUAUAAAAGGACAUUAAAGGUGACAUUAUAUUCAGUCAAAACAGUAGCAUGAAAUUAUGUAAGCGGUAUUAUCAAAAACAUAUGUCCACUGGCACUACUACAGACAAAAUGUUGAGGGUCUCGGGAAGCUCUGAUGGAAAUCGCGAUAGGGGAGGAGAAGGGAGAGGGAGGGAAGACGUCGAUGCUUGACUGGGCUGCAGGGGGCAUCCUCAACCGCACGAAGAAAAUCCACCCCAAUGCCCGUCCUCCUCUCACACACACGCCAUAGCGUAGAGAAGAGAAAGAGAGAGAGUAGUUCUAGUCUUCCCUGCUUCCAUAUCCAUCAGGUCUCAGCCACUCGAGUCAGAUCAGAGGGGAGGAAAUCACACAAGCUGCUCCUCCUCGGUCUUCGCGUGGUUUUGCGGGGAUUUGACCGUGCCGACGCGAGACGGAUGUGCCGACGAAAGCGCCUGCCCUGAAGUUGGAUACCGAAAACUGAGCGAAAGGUUUACUCUAGUCCCUUGAAGAGGAGCGCGGAGACGAGAGCGCGAGCCCAGUGUUUUGCUGUGUUCGGAGCACCAUGAAGCUCCCGUGCUGGAUGGCGCUGGCGCUGCUGCUGCUGCUGGCGCAGACUGCCCUGGCACAGCGUCGCAGAUCUCGACCAAGCGAUGAUGAGAGUUCUGGAGAUGGAUUUUACGACGAUGAGGACUUAUUCUCUGGAUCCGGCUCUGGCUUUCCAGAUAUAGACGUUAGUCCAACUUCAGCAGGUGUGGCGGUCACAACAGAAGAGCCCCUCCCACUUUCUACCACACAGGCCACUGGCCCUGCCCCCUCGGCCUCCCCCGCCGCCGAGCCAAGUAGCCCACCUCCACCUGAGGUGGAACGCGAGAGCGGCUUGGGACAAGAUGUAGACAGAGACAGCAAAUUGGAGAUGGAGAUUGAGAAAAAGUGGGAGGAGCUUGAGGAGGAGGAAAUGAGACGGGCGAAGGAACAGGAUAGAGAACAGGAAUCUGAGAUCGUAAUAAGGUUGGGUGCUGAUAAAGUGCAAGACGGAGAGGAGGAACAAGAGAGAUCGAAAGCUACGGUUGCCCCCCGGCUGACUGAUGUUCCUCUAGUGUUCGUGGACUCAUCCACCACUCUGGGUGAGACUACGGUGGCCACUAGUGACCCGGAGGACCUCGCCACCACAGAAGAAGAGGAGGAUCUAUACAUUACUACAGAAACCAUCAUGUUAGAGCCAUCAAGCACACCGGAGACGACAACAGAUGACAUCACAACCACUGAGGUCAUCCCAACCACCAUUGCAUCCACCACUGCUAAGCCAACCAGACCACGUCCUGCCCCGACCACUCCGAGCACCGCCCCCAUACGACCCCGGAAACCACACGCUACCCCCAGUAGAGCCGCCCCAACUGAGAGCAGCACUCGUUCAGUGAUGACCACAACACAGACACAAACACCAAAUGAAGCUGUAAAUAAUGAAGUUGCAGGACCAAGUCCAAGUGAUUUUGAAAUCCGUGAGAAUGAAGGUCGCCAAGGCAACGAGGUCAGGAGAGGCAAAGGGGAGCCUGGCGUGGCAGGAGAACCAGACUUGACUGGUAACACAGUAGAUGCUGCUGGAAGCUCAGCCGCUCAACUUCCACAGAAGAACAUCCUUGAGAGGAAGGAAGUUUUGAUAGCGGUGAUUGUCGGAGGUGUAGUCGGAGCACUCUUCGCAGCAUUCCUCGUAAUGUUACUCGUCUACCGGAUGAAAAAGAAAGAUGAAGGCAGCUACACAUUGGAGGAGCCUAAACAAGCCACCGUCACCUACCAGAAACCAGACAGGCAGGAAGAAUUCUACGCCUAACAUCCAUACGUACAACCUCCUUCAUCUCUCCAACCUUGUCCCGU